AUGACCCAAACAGUUUAUCUCGUCAUCGGCGCCUCGAGAGGUAUUGGACUUGCCAUUGUUAAACAACUGAGCGAGAACCCAGACAACUACGUUAUCGGAUCGUACAGAUCCGCAAGCUCAGCCCCAAAACUCCUCGAGCUCGCCAAGAAGCCCAACGUCGACACCGUCGUUGCAGACAUUGCCAGCGAGGACUGCAAAGAGCAGCUGGAGAAGGGUAUUGCCAAGUUGACAGACGGUAUCGACGUGGCCAUCAUCAACGCUGGAAUUAGCAAGUCUACUCACUCAAUUCUGACCUGCCCAAGAGAACAAUACAUUGAUCACUUCCUGGUCAAUACCAUUGGUCCCGCUGAGGCGUUCAAGGCCGCCUACCCCUUCUUGUUGAAGAGAAACACCCGCAAAGUCGCCUUCACCACCAGUCUUGCCGGCUCCCUUACCGCCUACAUGCCGCUGCCUGUCAGCGCUUACGGAGCGUCGAAGGCCGCCCUCAACUACGUGGUCAGAAAACUGAGCCAAGAGCUAGCCGACGAGAAUUUCAGCUUCGCUGGACUCCACCCAGGUCUCGUUGCUACCGACAUGGUGCAGGAACUGGUCGACUUGGUGGUAAGCGGCGAGUCGAACGAUCUUGCCGCUGCCAGCUUCCCUGAGUUCGUCAAGCAGCAGGCUGUCAGCCCUGAAUCCUCUGCCAGCGGUAUUAUCACCGCUGUCGCGAUGCUGUCGCCGCACACUACCGGCAGACUCAUCCGCGUCGACGACCAGAGCGAUUUCCCGUUCUGA